UCUAGUAGAGACAGACUGCCCUCUAUAGUGACAACAUUUAGUAGCCUACUAUCGAUUGCAUUCGGGCACUGCGAAGAGGCGCUCACAUCACAGACCCCACAUGACUGGCUUGAUGGAGAGGACCGUUGUAACUAAAUACAGGCAAUGUGUGGAAGAAUAAUUGUGAAAUAAUGUGUUUUAAAGGAAGAAGAGUAAAAUGUGUGUGUGUGAGAAAGCAAGACCUUGACGUUUUAAUAAACAGCGGUUGUAGGCCAUCACACAUUUAAUCGACAUGGGAUUAACUAACCACGGAAAAUGAUGCAAAUGGACGAUAAACAAUAGAGUUCUAAGUAAGAUCCUGAUACCAUGUCAUUACCCCAACUCCAGCUGACUAACUUCCCGGAGGCUCUGCAUACCUCUCCCAGAUGGUUCGAGUAAGUGGAGCUCCAUCGGUAUGCCUAACGACCCAGACCCCAAAAAGGAGAUCAAGUGGCUGCGACCCAAGGAGAUCAGUGCCAAUGCUGUGUUUGUGGAGGACACGACGUGUACCACCGAUAUCUGCCAGGGCCAGCUGGGUGACUGUUGGCUUCUGGCUGCCCUGUCCUGCCUUACCAUGCACCCCAAUCUCUUUGUCAAAGUGGUACCACCUAAUCAGAGCCUGACAGAAUCCUAUGCUGGCAUCUUCCACUUCAUGUUCUGGCAGUAUGGUGAGUGGGUGGAGGUGGUAGUAGAUGACAGGCUACCUGUACGCGAGGGCCGCCUGCUCUUCAGCUACUCCUGUACCCGCAACGAGUACUGGAGCGCCCUGGUGGAGAAAGCCUAUGCCAAGCUGAUCGGGUCGUAUGGCAGUCUGAAGGGAGGUAAUAUCUCUGAGGCAAUGGAGGACUUCACAGGCGGCAUAGCCUACUCCCUCCCUGUCUCCUCACACACCCCAAGGGUCAUGUGGAAAGCCCUCUCUGCUGCUCUGUCCCGUGGCAGCCUGCUCAGCUGCUUCAUACAGGCUAGUAACUAUCGUGAGAUAGGCACAGUGACUGCAGAGGGACUGGUGAAGGGCCAUGCCUACGCCAUCACAGACACUGACACGGUGAAGAAUCCGGAUGGUGAGGCCUUGUUGCUACGGCUGAGGAAUCCCUGGGGCUUUGUGGAGUACUCUGGACCCUGGAGUGACAAGAGUAAAGACUGGGACGAUGUGGAUGCUGCUGAAAAGAAAAGGAUUGAGCUGAAAAAGAGUGAGGAUGGAGAAUUCUGGAUGAAUGUGGAGGACUUCACCAGGCUGUUUGACACAGUGGAGCUGUGUAGCGUGAACCCUGAACCCAUAGUGGACGGGGAAACACCCGACUCCCCUGCCGCCCCCACCUCUGCAUGGACACUCAGCUCCCACAAAGGCUCCUGGGUUUCGGGCUCCACCGCAGGGGGCAGUCGUAGUUACCGUCGAUCAUUCUGGAAGAAUCCCCAGUUCCAGCUUGUCCUUGCCGAGCAGGACAAGGAAGAAGAAGAUGAUGAUGAAGAUGAGGAUGAAGAGAUGACCCCGGAGGAGAAGAUGGUGGCAGAGAAGCAGAAGAAGAAAGCAAAGCAGUGCACCGUGCUGGUGGAACUACUGCAGAAAGACCGGAGAAAGAGGAAUAAAAUUAACUUUCUCCACAUCGCCUUCCACAUCUACAGGGUUCCUCCAGAGCUCCAGGGCCUGUGUUUGGACCAGAGUUUCUUCUCUAACCAGCACCCUGUGGGGCGCUCUGGGAAGUACCAGCCCCUCAGGGCUGUGUGGAGGAAGGUGAGGCUGGACCCGGGAAACUACGUGAUCCUGGCCUCCACCUACAGGCCCAACGUGCCUGCGGAAUUCUUCCUCCGCGUCUUCUCCAAGACUGGCAACAAUCUGGGGACACAAGACUUCACUUGCUCCACUGGCUUCCUCAUGGUAAUGUCAAUGCCACCAGUCUUGCCAGAGGAUCGCAAGAGAGUACAGAAGACCUUUGAUGAGGUGGCGGGGCCGGAUGACAAGCUGAAUGCUAAGGAGUUCAUGAAGCUGGUUAACUCAGUUCUGGACAAAGACUACCAGCUGCCACUGGAGACAUGCAGACAGCUCAUCUUUGGAGAGGAAACUGGGGGGCGUAGCAGUCUGACCCGAGAGCAGACAGAGCCUGUGCUGGCCUCUCUUCGCAGUCUGCAGUCCAUCUUCUUCAAGUUUGAUCAGGACUCUUCAGGGACUAUGAGCCCCUUUGAGCUUAGUCUGGCCCUCCAGGCUGCUGGUGUGCAGUGUGAUGGCCAUGUCAUACAGCUGCUGUGGGAGAGGUUUGGCUCUGGGGAGCUGCACCUGCCUUUCCAUGGGUUUGUGGCCUGUGUCUCCAGGCUGCGCAAGCUAUUUGGUAUUUCAACACACACACACAAACACUUAGUGGCUGCUCCGACUCCUGACCGUGUGAGAAUGCUCUGUAAAGGGGGUUUCUGCGUGGGCACUGCAGGGUCAUUCUGUCUGACCAGGACCAUAUGAUAACAUCAUGCCUCCAUAACAUCAUGCCUCUGCGGGCGCCCUCGUCCACACAACACACACAGAUGCGCGCACACACACACACACACACACACAAACAUCCCCUGGCCUUUGUCAGCAUACGAUACACCGCUGCUAUAGGAACUGUCACAUUAGCAGUGUUGGAAUAACAGCCUCAAAGCAGUAUGCGAUGACGAUGUCACACAGCACAUUAUAUUCUACUAUAAUGUACAGCGCUGUCACUCUCUACUGCCAUAUUGUGUUAUAGUGCUUUACAUGUAUUUACAUGGAGUUACACCCCCCCCCCAACCCUC